GACCCUGCUCCGCGUCCUCCAGGCGCGCAACAUCCUGGACCUGCACCACAGUGCGGGCUCACCAGCCGUCGAAGGCCUCUCAGCGCUCCUCACGAUGGCUCAACGCGGUGCUGGUCAGUCUCGUGGAGUUGGGAAAGGACAGCAUCCACCUCGUGAGGCACGAGAUUCAGCUCGAGAUCAACGAGAACCCAGAGGGCAUGCUCGUGAUCAGGGAGGUCGCGACCAGGGAGGGCAUCGAGACCAAGGGCGACGCCGGGCAGAUGACGCUGUUCCUGACUUUCGAGCAGAGCCUUGCUCGCUACCGCGAGGACGUGGCCUCCAAGAUGAAGGUGCUUGCGGAGUUCAUCGCCCGAGCACGACUUUCCCAGCUCGACGCUUCCCACCAGGAGAAGGAGUUGGCCGUUCUCAAGUUCAUGGCUUGGACGGCGAAGCCGCAGUCGGUCCGCGAGAAGGAAGCCCUCGACGGGAUCAACAAGGCCAACGGGAAGUUGGAGGCAGUACGACGUCAGCAGCGGGACCUGGAGAUAGAGAUCCUGUUGCAGGAGGCGAACGUGAGGUACUGGACGGACCUGCUCACGGAGGCGCGCAACCUGCCGCCCGAGUCGCCCAGCUCCGACGAGUACGGGCACGAUCGAAGGAAGGCCCUGUCGAUCUCCAUC